AUGCAGUCAGCUUCUUCAUCACAGAUGCCAGCAAGCACUGCUGCUGUAGUCAAGCGCUCCGGAAAGCUUUACAACACCUACACGGAAGCUUACCUUGCCGCUUUAAGCAAAUCAAAUGGACGCUUUUACAAGUGUCUUUCUGUAGUGUCAAUUGCAUUUGCUGUUCUAUUCCAAAUGCGAUUCGGUUCCCCUUCGGUACUCAUUGAUCUCGUCUCUUGGAGAACAUUGCUCUUUUCGUGUGUGCUGUUUAUCACAGGCUCUGUUGUUUCUCUCAUUCGUAAUAUGACAUAUACAGUCUUCGAGCCCACAUACCCUAGCGCCCUUGCCGAAAUGAUUAUCAAUUGGACAUCUUUGGAUAACAUACUUCUCUUCGUCAUUCACUCUGCCCUCAAUAUCUUUGUUGUUCGCUAUUACUUUUCUUGGGUGAUGGAUGAGAAGUAUACUCAUGAUCUCCUGUUGCAACCGCCAGGCCAUUAUUCAGGUGCACGUCAGUUGAAUCAAGAGAACAUUUUCAUUACUGUGUAUUGCAUCAUUCUCGCCUUUGGCUACACUGCCCGUUAUGUUGCCAGAAGAUCCAACGUCGUCAAGAUCAAUAACGUUCAGCAACCCUUCUUUGAAGAGGUCAAGACAAGCUUUGCAACUGUGCUCUGUACCUCUGCCAUGACAGCCAUCAACUACUUGAUUGUAGCCUGUAUCACUUAUUGCUUCUUUAAGGGCUCCAUCUACUACUGUUUGGCUCGUUUCUUUGGUAUUUACAAUAGAGUCUUGGAUACGCCUAUUGCUGGCUAUAGUUGGUUCAGUUUGCACCUCUUUUUGCGCUUGAUUGUCGCUGGAACUGCCACCAUGUGCACAUUCAAUAUUACCAAUCGCAUCUAUGAUGCUGCUUAUUCCUUUACCCUCCCCGUCAGCGAUCAAUGUGUAAACCAAUUCGACGGCCUUGUUGAUGGUCUUUCCGAAACCAAGAUCAACGCCAAAGUAGCCGCCUUUUCAGAGCUCGCUGCACUCGCCACCAAAAGCCCAGAAAAACGUGGAGAAUUAUACCGUACCGUUGGAAAAGAGCUGCAAGACAAUGCUUGGUACAAGAUUAUGGAUCAAUGCUUCAAGGUCAUCAAUGAAUUGAGAACAGCCAUUGACGUCGAGUACAAUGGCGUUAAGCCUGUCGAAACGCCUGUUCCUGUCAACAAGCCAGUAGAGCCACAACAAGUGCGCAAUCGUCUGGAAAUUUCGAAUGCAAAUAUCUUUGCCUCCACAGCAAAGCAAAUGGAAUUGUUGGACGACAGAACAAGCACACUUUUCACUGACAUUGCUGAACAUGUGGAAACUGUGCCACCUUCAAUGAAUACCGUCUCAGUAUACACCAACCAUGUUUGGCUCAAGCUCAAAAAGACUCAAAUCAUUGAGAUGUUGCAGCGGUUAGAAUUACAAGUGGGCUGUGCAGGUUAUUUCAGUGCAUUGUACAUGGACAGUGCCACUCGUCGUGUCCAAACCGUCUUUAACAAAUAUCAGCUGGUAGUUUGGGCUAUUCAAUCGCUUGGUACAUUGACUGCUGCCUCUGUGAAAGAAGAUCCUUAUGGCUUUGUGCAAAACGACCUUACUGCUGUGCUCAACCAAUUGUUGGGAUGUCUAGUGGAAGUAGAGCAUUAUCUUGAAGCACCACCCGCUCAAUACAGUAAAUGGCUGAAGGAUAGCAAUGCCGUGAUUGAGGAAUCAGAGGCUGUUGUGUUGGCACUGCGUGAAGCCAUCUACCAAAUUAGAGUAGCAUUUGAUGAAUAUACGCGUGCAAUCCAGAUCGAUAGAAAGUAUGGUGUAAAGUGGGAGAGAUUCUUGAGCUACCAAGAGUGA